AUGAAGACUUCAGAAAUCUAUUCCGUUGGGACCGUAUAUAACUCUUCUCACUAUUCCCUGGAAUGUGUUUUAUCGAUACUGAUCGUUGGCUUUCUCUGGGGAGCGACAAAUCCAUUGUUGCGACUCGGAUCAAGAUCCAGUCCUGGAAGAAAAGGUGAACUAUGUUUGACGGCUCUUUUCCUGAACUGGAGGUUUUCUGUACCUUUAAAAUCUUCCCUAUUCGUUAUGUUUAUUUAUUUGGUUUCCACUUUCCCCGUCUCCGUAAUUGUUCCAUGUGUUAAUGCCCUCCAGUUUGUCUUCACUGCGAUUGUUGGUCACUUGAUUGGUAAGCGUCUGUUCCAGUUUGUUUUUAUGCCAAAAUUGUUUGGUAUGAUUUUGAUAGACCAGAGGAAGUAUUGUUUCAGAGUUGUGUUAUACUUACCUACUUAA